CCCCCCCCCCCGCCCCUUCCCCCUCCUCCUCGUCUCUCGUUCUCGCUGCGACGAACCCUAAAUCCCUUCCCUCUUCCAACUCUGCUCCUCGAUCGAGGAAGAGUCGAUCGCAGAAGACCAGGAACGCUUGCCCCUUCGCGCUCUUUUGCUCUGAUCCGAGGGGGAGUUGUUCUCAGGAUAGGCUGUCAUGGCUGACGACGAGCCGCAGCCCCUUAACUAUGUCCAAGAGACAGUGUUGAAGAAAAGAAAAAACAAUGAGGAAUGGGUUAUCAAGAAAAGGGAGCGAUUAGCAGAGCGAAAGAAAAGUAAAGAAAGCUUGAAGCCUGCCAUUAAAAGGCCUGAAGAGUUUGUCAAAGAAUAUCGUGACAAAGCUGUCAUGGCUGACGACGAGCCGCAGCCCCUUAACUAUGUCCAAGAGACAGUGUUGAAGAAAAGAAAAAACAAUGAGGAAUGGGUUAUCAAGAAAAGGGAGCGAUUAGCAGAGCGAAAGAAAAGUAAAGAAAGCUUGAAGCCUGCCAUUAAAAGGCCUGAAGAGUUUGUCAAAGAAUAUCGUGACAAAGAGCUGGACUUUGUUCGCAUGAAGCAGAGGCUAAAGCUACGGAAAUCUUCCAAUGAUGCCAUAAAGUCUAAGUUACUUUUUGUUAUUCGCAUCCAUGGAUCAAAGGAUAUGCAUCCCCGGACAAGACAAAUCUUAAAUAAGUUGCGGUUGAGACAUAUCUUAAGUGGUGUAUUUCUGAAAGCCAAUGAAGCAAAUUUGAGAAUGCUUCUGACUGUAGAACCGUUCAUUACUUAUGGUUAUCCUACUUUGAAAAGUGUGAGGGAGCUUGUUUACAAGAAGGGCUGUGGAAAUAUAGAAAAGGAGAGGACUCCUCUUACUGACAACAACGUCAUUGAGCAGGCACUUGGGAAGUAUGGUAUCAUCUGUCUUGAAGAUGUCGUGCAUGAGAUCGCCACAGUGGGAUCACAUUUCAAGGAGGUUACCAGCUUCCUGUGGCCAUUCAAGCUUAAAUGCCCAGAACGCAGAUUACAGAUGAAGAAAAAGCUCUACAAGGAGGGUGGCGAUGCAGGCAACCGUGAAGAUCACAUCAAUGAGCUCAUUGAUAAGCUGAACUAAGAGGGAUGAGCUUGUGGUGGUCCAUGUCAAGCAUGGAUGACAUCAAUUAAACUAGUUUUGCCAGACUUUUUUGCUUUUUAUGGCUUGGAAAAGUAUUUAGUGGAAAUCAGUAAUGUUGUAUUCCCUUGCAUCUUUUUGUUUUCUUCUUUUAACAUCAAAAUCAUAAUCGUCUUGUCUUUUUGACUCUUUUAACAUCCUCAAUAGAUUCUUCCACUCGUCAUGUUCAUAAUUUUGUUUUAAUGAUCAUCUUUUUUCA